ACGCUCGUCGUCCAGUACGAGGUCACGCUCACGGACGGGCUGUCCUGCGGCGGCGCGUACAUCAAGCUCCUCGAGGAUCCCGUCGACGUCGCCGCGUUCGACGACCAGAGCGGCUACGUCGUCAUGUUCGGGCCGGACAAGUGCGGCGGCACGGACAAGGUCCACGUGAUCCUGCGCCAGGAGAACCCCGUGUCCGGCGACGUCCUCGAGCACCACCUCAAGGACCCGCCCAAGGCCAAGACCGACAAGGCCGCGCACCUCUACAGCCUCGCGAUCCGCGCCGACGACACCUUCGUCGUCCACAUCGACGGCGAGAUCGCCGCCGAGGGGUCCCUCAUGGACUCCCUCGAGCCGCCGCUGACGCCCGAGCGCGAGGUCGACGACGAGAACGACCUCAAGCCCGAGGAUUGGGUCGACGCGGCGAAGAUCGACGACGAGAAGGCGAAGAAGCCCUUCGACUGGGACGAGGACGAGCCGCGCAAGGUCGAGGACGAGUCCGCGGAGAUGCCCGACGGCUGGCUCGAGGGCGAGCCGACGAGCGUGCCCGAUCCGGACGCGAAGAUGCCCGACGACUGGGACGUCGAGGAGGACGGCUCCUGGGAGGCGCCCGAGGUCGACAACCCCAAGUGCGGGGCGGCCCCGGGCUGCGGCCCCUGGAACCCGCCCCUCAUCGACAACCCGAACUACAAGGGCAAGUGGGUCCGCCCGAAGAUCGACAACCCGGCGUACAAGGGCAAGUGGUUCCCGAAGAAGAUCCCCAACCCCGUCUACUUCGAGCCGUCGGACCCGGCGAAGAAGCUCAAGAAGGUCGGCGCCCUCGCCGUCGAGGUCUGGACGACGAACAAGGGCAUCACCUACGACAACUUCUACCUCGGCGCGUCCGUCGACGAGGCCAAGGCCGCCGCCGAGCCCUUCUACGAGAAGAAGGCCGCGGAGCAGGCCGCCGCCGAGGCCAAGGCCGCCGCCAAGGCCGCGAAGAAGGCC